GGCGGGCGGCGGCCCCGCGGCAGGUGGCGCGGCCGCGUUCUUCGCGGGAAAGCGGCUCUCGAGCCUUCGGUGCUUUCGGACGUUCCCCGUUAGAAACUCGGUGGCGAUGGCCGCAAGUGCGCUCCCGAGUGCUACCGCGCGCGCUGAGGCUGAGUGCCGUUCCUCGCUGCCCUGGCUCCGGGCGCAGUGAGAGCGCCGCGGGUAGGUGCGCAACCCGGCGCCGGGCCGGGCCGCCCUGCUUUCCACGCGUGUCCGCUUAAGGCGGCCGUGGGGUUCCGAUUGGUUUCGGUUUCAAAUGGCUUGUACCUUGGGCCCGGGACAUAAACUCGAAAUGUAUUUGCGUGAGGAGCAAGGCUUGUAAACUCCCCGGGGGUAUUUACACUGACAUCUUCGUAAGGGCUGGGCUUUCCUGUAGGCACUGGACGUUGACCUGCGGAGAGGCAGAAGGAAAGCGAGGUGCAGUUGUGUUGGGAUGCACAGAGGUGGGAAGAACCCUAGUGACCUAUACGAUCUGCUAAAUGCUGACAGCAGGUGUGCUCUCAUGGCACGAUUUGACAAGUAGCACUGCAGACUGGAACUGCUGGUCCUCCUGUCCCACUGCCCUCAGCCCCACCAGCACCACACUGCAUGGAGCUGCAUCCCGCAGAAGGCUGGGAGCGAUCCCGGUUAAAAUUAACCACUAUUAUUUUUUUUUUUUUUUUUCUGAUGUGGUUAUAUUUAACCUCGCUCAUUGCUCUGGGUGACAGGUGUGUCAGAAGGCAAGAGGAUUGUUAGGGCAAAUGCACUAGUGAGAGAAGUGCUUGAGAAAUACACCAUGACUGGGGCAGUCCUGGCAGGGCUGUUUGAGUAGCUGGGUCGCACUUCCAUCAUAUCACACAGGAGUAAAACUGGUUUUAUCUAUGGAUAUCUGCAGGUUUGAAAUUGGGCAGCAUUUGAUUGUUUUAGUAGGGAAAUUCUACUCAACAGACUGUGUGCUUUGCCAGUCUUGCUACUGAUUUUUAUGUAUGUAUCCAUUCGGGCUCCUUUGUUGAAAGCACUAAAGACGUUGCUUUCAGAUAGAUAAAAUACUGAUUGUUUGGGUUGGGGUUUCUGGUUGAAUGCAAGUGCUAGUGCUGUGAAGGGGUGAGAGUUUUGUGAAGAGUUAUUUCUUUAAGAAACAGUCCACAUGGUCAAAAAAACAAACCUGAAAGCCUCUCAGGUUUGAUGCUUGAUACUUUAAGAUGUUAUUCAGGCAUGCCUUGUUUUUUAAUUCUUCUGCAUCAUGUUCUUACCUCAAAGAGUUUAACUUACGUAGGUAAAAUAAAGGAUGUGAGUAAAGCAAUGAGUGUUUUUUUUAAAUGCUUGAAAGAGCUUAAGUCCCUCCUGUAACUAAUUUUACUGUUUUUUAUGCUCAACAAUAUAAAAAUGGAGCGGUAAUUACUUUAAUUUGUAGUGUUGGUUAAUUAUCUUGUUAGCAUAGAAUUUCACUGAAGUCAUAAAUCUUCAUAGAUUGGCCUGGUUGAGGAAAUCGCUGCUUUCAGAAGCUUUGUGCUAUUGCUGCUUUUUGGCCCUAGUCAAACUCUGGUUGGAAUAUUAAUAAAUUAGCAAUAGAAAUAACACCCUCUGGGUUCUUUCUACAAAGUGGUUGUAUUGGGGUAGGGUUCUUGAUUUUUACUACACGCAAUAGACUUGUGUUGAAAAUAGUUGCGAAUCUAAAUCAGUGGGUAAUUUCAUCGUAUGGAAACAGCCCCUUUUUAGCUCUGCGCCCUUCCUUCACAGAGGGGGCACUGUGUCCAGAGCUGCACAGAGCUUCAGCCUCACUUAGCAGUUGAUGAAUACAGGUACAAAUAUUUGGCUGCCUCCUAUUUUCUGUUAUGCUGAGAAAUUGCUAGCAGCAUUGUUAUUCUGAAUUCAGUAGUACUUUAGAAUAGAAGGAGGUGUAAGAAGUGCAUCUUUGGUCAUGUGGCAGAGCGUGAAGUGAAAGAUUCCAGUGCCUCUGUGUAAUGCUGGCACAGGGGAACACAGCCAUUCCCAUCAGGAUCUCUCAUUCCCUUCUGUGUGGUUCACCUGGGGAAAGCAGCUCAAAAUUACAGCUGGGUGCUGUAUUAGUUCAGAUAAUGGGCUUCAGUGGUAGUUUGAAACUGUUAGGUGUUCCCCAGUUUGUUUGUUGCAGGAGUUAAAGAUUGAAGCACAAGGAAGAGAGGAAGAACACUCAUGGUUAAUGCAGCUGCCUGCUGCCCUGAAGGAUUGAAUUCUCAGCCCCUACAGCUGCCACAAAAUGCCUUUGUAAUGCAAAGGCCACUUUAAUUUUGGCAUACCUCAUGCCUGAGUGUUUAAUUUUAUGGCCUUAAUGUUCUCUUACCGUAGUGUUAAUGUAUAAUAUAAAUUCUUAAAUAUAGCUGCUUUCAGAAUAUGUAAUCGUAUAUUUAAAGUUUCUGCGCUUUUCAGUUCCCAUGUAUUUAAUACUCAGUAGAACGAGUUUGUUCAUGGAGUCUUUUGUCACCUUACUGUUUGCCUACUUUGGACUCUUUCCAGCUGUUACAUUUUGUCGUUAAAAUCGCUGAAUUAGUUUUCUUACUCUGCAGUGAUGUUCUGAGGAACAAUGCUGACUCUAUCAUAAAAUCAGCUGUAGUAAUAUUCAUAUUUUAUUCAAUAUAGAUCCAUUAGAAGUAGAUACACUGUGUAAGAUUCAGAACAGCUAUUUCGGCAGAAUCUUAUGAAGCUUAGAAGAUACUGUGGGCAUUCCCCAUCUUCCCAAUAAAGAUGUAUCCAAGUGAAGCUUAAGAGUGGUGACAAAUGCUUUGUCCUUGUAGUAGUGUUUAAUAAUCUCUAAGUGAGUGAGAAAGCUUCAGUUCUAGAGCUAAAACCAUUUGACUCGUUGUGACAGCCUGCUACCACAGGACAAAUGGUGUUGGAGUUAUAUCCUUAUGUUAAAGCAGAAUGAAAUGGUUCUUGGAGAAAGAUCCGUCUUAAGUGAAUUUAAAAAUAAAUACUGGAAUGUAAACACUGUGAGGUUCUGUAGAUGUAAAAAGAUAUUUGCAGGUGUUUCUGAGGAGGUUUUGAUGCAUGUUAUUUUGGUAUCUGGCCAGACCCAAAAGGAAUAGAGUGGAGUGAAAACUGUGAUUUAGAUGGGUUCUGAAUAUCUAGUCCAGCGUGAACUUUUAGCCAUGUGUUGGCUGUGUUUUUACAGGUCUCUGUAAAAGUUCUCCAGGCACCUUGAAGCUUUGUUCUCACUCAGAUCCUCCAUGCUCUUGUCAAAACGGAGCAUCUUGGCACCUCUGCCUGUUUAGUAUUCAUAAAUUAGGCAAUCUGUAAAUUAGGCAUUCACUUGUCCGAAGGCAUGUUCAAACCGCACCUGAGUCACACCUAUGGGAUUGGACUCGGGCCAACCUGGUGACUCUCCCUUUGGUUCAGAAGCACAAAGGAGGGACAAGGUAGAGGGGUUGUUUGGUUGUUUUUGUUUUUUUUUUUUUUUUUUUAUGUCUCUUUCCAAAAAAACCCAAAACUCAGAUGCUCCCAGCAACAACGAAAAACCCAAGCACAAAAAAUCCACUUUUCACUGCUUAGUAGGUGAUUAAACUGGGCAAAAGAAAAACACUACAGUGCUUGUUUUCUUGGAGCUGGAGAUGAAGGAGAUGGGCAACUGUGUUCUGGCCUCUUCCAAGAGCUCUUCAGUUUUUUCUUCUGUAUAAAACUUUAAAUGUCAUUAGGGAAUGGAAGCUAGAACUCUUCUCUGUCAUGUGGGGACCCAGAGAGUCUGCAUGCUGCCCUGCAAGCUUUUUAUUUCUCAGUUUUUCUUACUCGCUCUGAGGUCUGAUGCUGGAAAGAGAGGUCAGGAGUUGAUCCAGCUUCCAGCAGAGCACGGAACCUGCAGAGAUGCUGUGGUCUGGACCUCUCUGGAGAGUAGCUGUGAUUUCUCUGUUCUGGCUUACUGUGUUGUAACUGUGCUGCUGGACAAAAAUGAGAAUGCUUAUUUUCCCUCUCUCUGGUGUGUCUUGAUGGGAAAAGCUUAGCUAUGUACAUCAGGAUUGUGAAUACUAACCUUACCAGUGUUCCAGUCCUUCAGAAACAGGUGAUGUUGAAGGCUUAGUUUUGUAUUUACUAGUUACUUUUAAUGUCUGUGUAUCUUCUAACUUUUUUAGAAGUAUUGCUGAGCAAUGCAGCUUUCCUUGGCUUUGGUACUUAUUUUUUCUACAACUACUUGAAAGGAGGUUGUAGUGAGAUGGGGGUCAGCCUCUUCUGUCAGGUAACAGUGACAGGAUGAGAGGUAACAGCUUUAAGUUGUGCCAGGGGGAGCGUUCAGGUUGGUUGUUAGAACUGAAUUACUAACAUCUUGCGGUAGUUGUGGAGCUAUUGGACACGUAGAAGAGGAAUGCCUGAGAGUGGGCUUAUCAUCCAGCACAGCAUCUAACUUUCAGAUGCUUAAUGCUUAACCCUGGCAGUGUUCAAGAGGCGUCUGGAUGAUGUGCUGCGUGAUAUGGUUUAGUGCUAGUGGUGGCAAUGGUGAUGAGGAGACGGUUGGACUAGAUGAUCUUAUAGGUUCUUUUCCAACCUUGUGAUUCUAUGAUUCUAUGAAUAGUGGGGUACAGUGUUGUUUACAAUGUAAUGCUAACAUUGUAGAUCAAAUCUAAAAGUUUUUAACAUGCAGCUCUCUAAGUAUGUGAGAAUAUCUCAGGUCGCUGAUCCCAUAAGCAUCCCAUUAACUGCUGACUUGACAGUUAUUCCUAAAGUUCCAGCACUGCCUUAUAAGCACCAUCAGAAAGAGUGUUUGUGAACGUAUUAGGAAAAGCCUUGUAACAAGUGGCCCUUGGAAGAAAGAGGAAUGAUAAUGUGUGCAUUUCUUAAUGUGCAUUAACAAAAAUCUGAGAAGAAGCACACAAUUUUACAUAUUAAAUGAUUAGUUUGGAGAAUAUUUGAGUAUGAGAUAGUAAGAUGCAUAAUAAGGAAGAAAAAACACUUUAAAAUAAAUUGCAUUAAUAGAGCUAACUUCAUGUUUCUAAUUCUAAGAAUUCCGCUGCUGCUGCUGCGGUAAAUAAAACAUAAGUUAUCAUUUUUACACUUUGUGAAGUCCAUCCAGGAUGAUAAAAGCUAUUAUUGGUGUAGUAAAUAUUAGUUGCUGGCAUUUAAGAGUAUUUGACAAUUCUGGUGGCUGUUUCACUGCAUGUUUAAUGCAGUAUUAGAGACUGGUAUUGGUCUUUCGAGUAGUGGAUGUUACUCACGAGCACGCUGACAAAGCUGUCCUGGAAGAAUAAUGUUCCAGCAGCUUGGUGGCUGCUCGCAGCAAGGUGGUUGUGAAUUCUGAGAGGGUAAGCUCAUGCUGAUGUGAGCAGGUGGGAGAUGGGGAGUUCUUCCAAUGGAACUUGUCAGAGAAAUACCAGAGGCUUCAGCUGGCUUGGUUAUCCUUGAUCAUCCAAAAGCUGCAGGCUGUGUUAGGGGGAAAAAUGGUGGUGUGUGGAGGGACUUUUCCAGCCCCUAGUCCACGAGGGGUGUGUUUUAUAUUUGAAACAUAGGUCUGAAGAUGUGAGAAAUCAGGAAACAUUUCACCAAAAUCUGCUUGGCUCAGGAAACAAGCAACAAGGGAGGUGGCUUUUUGUUUUUCUUUUAAGCCCGGUUUCCUACGGAAAGUGAUUGAUGCUGUUUAUCCCGUUCUUUCCUUAGAUAUUUGCCAAUAGCUUUUGAAGUCACAGACCAGUUGCAACCAUGAUUGCAGGAAGGACAGAGAUCUCAGACUGUCGCAUUCCUACAGUUUUGGGGAAGAGAAACAGACUGGGUGGAGAGAAACCUGUCAGUGCCCUUUCUUGAGAGAGAGAGAGACCACGUUGCAAGUUUGGCACUGAUUUGCUUUUUGGCAUGUGCAGGAGGUCAUUGGGUGUAGGCUGGCUUGUUACUGCAGGACAGGGGAGUGCUGAUGGAAGGUAAAACUAUAGGAACUGUGCUUUACUGUCCGUUAAUGAGUAUUUUGAUUAUUAACUGAGGAAUUACUGUUCUGAUCAGAAUUAGUUUGCUUACUUUUAAUUCCUGGACAAUUUUCUGCUCAGUAAUGCCAGAUACUCUUUUCAAGCCUCUGUGACAGAUGUAAUGUUUAUAAAUCUUGUAAGAUGAAGAAACUUCAAUUAUUACAAUAUGUCAGUUACAAAGUAGCAUAAUAGAUGUAAAAUAGUUAUGUGGCUUUGACUUGUGCUUAUUUUAAAGUAGUUUUCAUAGUAACAAGUAUUCUGAAGGAAACCAGCUUUUUCUCUGUGCGUAGAAAAGCAAGUAGAAGCAUGAAUCAGGGCUUCCAAGAGCUGUCAGAGUAGGAAUGCAUGUUUUCCCCCUAUUCACACACUUUCCUCACUGUCAAUUUUAAUGAGGUAAUAUGAUUUAAUAAAGCUUUUCUUGCCAUUCUCAGCAGCAGCAACAUUCAUUAUAUGUAAUCAAGCUGCUGUUAGUGAGUGUGUGGCUGAGGGUGAAAGUAGAGUGUGGAACUUGUGUGCUGCUUUCAAUGGUAGCUUGUUAUCAUCUCAGUAACCUUGCUUAAAAUAUGUUUCCUUAUCUAGCUGUAGCAAAUGCAGAUUUUCAGGUGAAAAUAUUUUUGUUGUUUUGAAGUUUUUUUUUCCAGAUUGUAUAUUUUUUUUGCCAGCCUAGCAGCGUUAAACAUUUUGUGCUGCGCUAAAGGUUUGCAUGAUGUUUCCCAGAUAAAGACACAGUUCCAGCCUUGAAGAGCUUGUGAUCUAAAUGUCAGUGAUAAAGAAAAUGAGGAGAGUGGUUUCAGAAAAGGGGACAAGGAUUCAAAUGGCUGGAAGUCAUAGCACGCAACUUAAACAAGUUGUAAUUUCUAAGAACAGCGUAAGGUACCAGCACAGAAAAGGGUGAGAAUAUAGAGGCAGAAGAUAGCAUAAAGCAAAUCCAAAUAGUAUAAAGAUCUGAAGGAAUAGAGGGAAAAUAUGUUACUGAGCAGGAUUUGGAAAAUGUAACAUCAGAAGAGUAGGCAGAAUCAAGAUGAAGAGGAAUGGGGAUGUGGUAGGAAACGGAGACAGGAAAAACAUAGAAGAAACUUCUAAAUUAUGGCUUUUAUGAAAAGAAAAAAAAAGGAAGGAGACAGGAAAAGGGUUGGGGAAUGUGCUGGUUUGAUCGGUUUGGCAGGAAAGCUGGGACACACAUCCUAGUGCUAAGACUUUCCCUUACCCCCUGCCCUACCCUGACAUUUAGCUGUCGAUUUCAGUUGCUUUUAAAGGGGGUGGUGGAACAACAGCAGUGGGCCUGAAAACUCAGGCAUGUGUGUUCUCCUGACGCUGUCUCCCAUUCCAUGCAGGUUUUGUGUGAGCUGGUGGAUUUCUGUAUGAGUUUCAGCACCACUGAGGUGGGGUUGUAGAAGCAGCUGGCAUCAGAGGUGGUUUGGGCAAUGCUGCUUAAUAUAAGUCAAAAAGGAUCCGAAAUGUUUUUUGCUACGUUAUCUGAAAUUACUUUUUCAAAUGAUCUUAGUUAAACUGGUACUACCUUUAAAUGGAAAGUUAAAUGCAUGAUUGGUUUACAUUGAGUUGUUUGAAUCUUGUUUGCUUUGCUGAUACAGGAAUGCAAAGUAAUCUCAUACAUUUGUAUGGAAUGUUUUUAAAAUGUCACCUAGACACUUUUCCAGCCUUAUAAAAAAAACAGAAAACAUAGUUGGUCCUUUCUUGUCUAUAUGUUAUACUGGGAUUUGAUUCAGUAGAUUGAUUUCUAAUAUUAGAUUGUUCUCCUGAAAAGUAGAUAAAUGGAUGAUAAUCUGCCUUUCUUCUUCUCACAUUAGACUUUUCGAGUGAAAUAUAUUUUUGAAAUAGCCUUGUUCAGUCCCUGGCAUUCUUUGUCUCUAUUGUGACGUCUUCCAGCUGUGUUGUAUGUAUCUGGGGACAAGAUGGGGAGGAAUAGGGAUUUUGAAGUUCUUUUUUUAGGUAUCUUACGUCAAAAGAAAUUUGUUUUCCUUGCGUAUGUUGGAAAUAGAUGUAUGGAUGCCUUAACAGAUAUAGUUUGCCUCAUGUAAGUGUUCACUGCAAGAUAUCAGCAGUGAUAACUAGCAGUGGUUUUCCAUGCAGAAUUGUCAGCAGUUCCAUAUAUACAAAACUCUUCCCUAUUUGUAGGAGUACUGCACUGAUACUUGUAGGAAACAGAGUUGUUUUUGUGAAGGGAGUAGUGUUUGCUUCCGUAAAUAUUUGGGGUAUGGCUAGUUUCUACUCAGCAGAACUCACUGAAGUUUAUGUUCCUCCUUAGUGAGGGGAAGAUGGCUUUUGUUCUUUCUUGUGCUGUCAUAUGCUGUGUUCCUUAGGAGUUCUGACGUGGAUGCCUGCUGUCUGAACCAUAAUACAAAGUUAAGAUUGUAUCCGUGUACUUCUUUCCUAGAAAUGUGGCUGAUGUGUUACUGAUGCUAUGGAAGAAGGGCGUAACUUGCUGCAAAGCAAUUGUAACAUUUAGUAGGCACUGUUAGAACUGUAACUGUGGUGCUACCCUUAGGCCUUUGUGUUAGGCUGCAGGUUGGGAUUUCAGAGUGGAGGAAGUUCAGACUUCUGAGCUAAGUAUAGGGAGGAAUGUACAUCUGAAGUUCUCCACCCUCACGUGUAUUCCAGUUGUGUGGAGUGAAGAGCUGGAGUGUGAAGUUGUGAACACUUUAGGGCUAGAACUAAAGUGACCGUAAUGGUAGCAGAGGAAAUAGGGCAGCAAUCAAGGGCUCAUCCACGAGUUGUUUCAACUAGAUUCAUUUUCAUAGAGCUGUUGUUUUUUUUGUUUUGUUUUAUUUUUUCAGAACACUGUGCCAAAAAAGACUUUUGCUCAGAUGACAUCAUACUUGGACUACUAAAGCUAUCCACCCACUCUUCAAGGCAUAAUGGAUUUCUAGGUAAUUUAACAAAUGCAGUGUGAAGCCCAUUCCUUCAUUUGCAAAAACCUCUGGAAAGUUAUUUGGAUGAUAUAUAUUGAAUGUUGGUGAAAUUAGUUCAUAAUUUAAUGCUUUUCUGUAAAAGAGGAUACUCCACAUUGUUCUUGAGAAGAACCAGCAUUUCAUCCCUAAACCAUACACUUUAACAAGUCCCAAAGUAUAAAAGGUAAAAUAAAAGGCAAACGUACAAAUGUCUACCACAAGACUAAAGUGUGCUAUGUUAUGUUUUUUACCAUAAGCACCCAUAAAAUGAGCUCCAUUGCAGACAGAAAUGAUGGAAGCAUUUUUGAUGGUCUGGUGGAAGAAGAUGACAAAGAUAAAGCAAAAAGAGUGUCUAGAAACAAGUCUGAAAAGAAACGUCGAGAUCAGUUUAAUGUUCUUAUCAAAGAGCUGGGUUCCAUGCUUCCAGGUAAUGCUCGGAAGAUGGAUAAAUCCACUGUACUACAGAAGAGCAUUGACUUUUUACGGAAGCACAAAGAAAUUACUGCACAAUCAGAUGCCAGUGAGAUUCGACAGGACUGGAAACCAACAUUCCUUAGUAAUGAAGAGUUCACACAGUUAAUGUUAGAGGCUCUUGAUGGUUUUUUUUUAGCAAUUAUGACAGAUGGAAAUAUAAUAUAUGUGUCUGAAAGUGUAACUCCUUUACUUGAACAUUUGCCAUCUGAUCUUGUGGAUCAGAGCGUAUUUAAUUUUAUCCCAGAGGGGGAGCAUUCAGAAAUUUAUAAAAUUCUGUCUUCUCAUCUGCUGGAAAGUGAUUCAUUGACACCAGAAUACUUAAAAUCAAAAAAUCAGCUAGAAUUCUGUUGCCAUAUGCUGCGAGGAACGAUAGACCCAAAAGAGCAACCUACAUAUGAAUAUGUAAAGUUUAUAGGAAAUUUCAAGUGUUUGAAUAAUGUUCCCAAUUCAGCACACAAUGGUUUUGAAGGAACCAUUCAGCGAUCGCACCGGCCUUCAUAUGAAGACAAAGUUUGCUUUAUAGCCACAGUUAGAUUAGCUACACCUCAAUUUAUCAAGGAAAUGUGCACUGUUGAAGAACCCAAUGAAGAGUUCACAUCUAGACAUAGCUUAGAAUGGAAGUUCCUAUUCUUGGAUCACAGGGCACCUCCAAUAAUAGGCUAUCUUCCAUUUGAAGUUUUGGGAACAUCAGGCUAUGAUUAUUAUCAUGUGGAUGAUCUAGAUAAUCUGGCAAAAUGUCAUGAGCAUUUAAUGCAAUAUGGGAAAGGGAAGUCAUGUUAUUACAGAUUCCUUACAAAGGGACAGCAAUGGAUUUGGCUGCAGACACAUUACUAUAUCACAUAUCACCAGUGGAAUUCCAGGCCAGAGUUUAUUGUAUGUACGCACACAGUUGUAAGUUAUGCAGAAGUCAGAGCAGAAAGGCGGCGAGAGCUUGGUAUUGAGGAGUCUCUUCCGGAGAUAAAAGCAGAUAAAAGUCAAGACUCUGGAUCUGAUAAUCACAUAAACACAGUGAGCCUCAAAGAAGCUCUGGAAAGAUUUGAUACCAGCCCCACACCUUCCGCUUCCUCCAGGAGUUCAAGAAAAUCUUCACAUACUGCAGUAUCAGAUCAUUCGUCGACACCAACUAAAAUGACAGUGGACACUAGCACUCCCCCAAGACAAAGCUUAUCUGCUCAUGAAAAGUCUACACAAAGAAGAUCAUCUCUGAGUAGUCAGUCUUUAAGCUCCCAGUCUCUUGGACAACCAGUAACACAGCCAGCGAUGUCUCAGCCUGCUACUUUACAGCUCCAGUCCAGCAUGUCCCAGCCUGUCUUUCAGUUUUCAGCUCAAUUAGGAGCUAUGCAGCACCUGAAGGACCAGCUGGAGCAGAGAACACGCAUGAUAGAGGCAAAUAUUCAUCGGCAGCAAGAAGAGUUGCGGAAAAUUCAAGAACAGCUUCAGAUUGUCCACGGUCAAGGACUUCAGAUGUUCUUGCAGCAGUCAACUUCUGGACUAAACUUCAGCUCUGUGCAGCUUACAUCUGGAAAUUCUUCAAGUGUUCAGCAACUUGCACCAGCAAACAUGCAAGGUCAGGUUGUUCAAACUAAUCAGACUCAAAGUGGGAUGAACACAGGACAUACAAGUACACCACAUAUGAUCCAGCAACAGCCUUUGCAGAGCUCUGCGUCACAGCAUAAUCAACAAAACGUACUUAGUGGGCACGGUCAACAAUCUUCUCUUGCCAGUCAGUCACAGAACACAGUCUCAACACCUCUGUAUAACACUAUGGUGAUUUCUCAGCCAACAACCGGCAAUGUGGUUCAGGUUCCUUCUAGCUUACCACAGAACAAUAACCAGAAUGCUGCUGCAGUAACUACUUUUACACAAGAUAGACAAAUCAGAUUUUCUCAAGGUCAGCAGCUUGUAACAAAACUUGUCACAGCCCCAGUAGCGUGUGGAGCGGUAAUGGUACCAAGUACUAUGUUUAUGGGACAGGUGGUGACAGCUUAUCCCACUUUUGCUGCCCAACAGCAGCAGCCACAGACUUUGCCAGUAACACAGCAGCAGCAGCAGCAGCAGCAGCAGCAAAGUCAGCAAGACCAGCAGCAGCAGCAGCAGCUCACUGCAGUUCAACAACCAGCUCAGCCGCAGCUGACCCAGCACCCGCAACAGUUCCUACAGACAUCCAGGUUACUUCACGGGAAUCAGUCAGCUCAGCUUAUCCUCUCUGCUGCUUUCCCACUACAGCAAAGCACUUUUACUCAGUCCCACCACCAGCAGCACCAAUCGCAGCAGCAGCUCUCACGGCACAGAACUGACAAGAUGACGGAUCCUUCCAAAGCGCAGCCGCAGUAGCUGGGGGCUCUGCCUCUCCUGGAAGUCAGCUACCAGGAGGGGGCUGCUCCAUAACCACUCGCACUGAAGUUGCAGAGGUAGCAGUACAAAGCCUUUCUAACGCUGCGGUGUUGAGACCUACAGCUAACUUCUGGAAUCUGUUGAGGAAAACCACCAGGUGAUGGCAGGGACGCGGCCAACUUUGAUCGUUGUCCCGGUUUCUGUGCUCUAAAAGGUUUGCUGCCAUGUGUCGAUUUGUCCAGGUGAAAUCAAAAAAUGUGACUGAAAUGAGAGGGAUGCUGAAAAUAUUGGUAUUUUUUAUCAGUUCUGUACAUUUUUAAAGUAUUAAAAUGGACACAGAGCAAUUGUUUGAUUUAGGAGACAAAAUGCCAGGAAUAUAGUCCGACAAACAUCUAAUUUUUUCAGAUGAUUAUGGGACAGUAAAUAUUUUGAAAAUGUUGUGUGAAAUCCAGUUCUCUGUUGUACAGAUGCUGUAAAAUAUUGUGUAUAUGUCUGCAUAAAAGGAGAAAGAGCAAAAUAUUUUAUAUGAUGCAUGAAAUGUAAUCUGUUAUUUGUAGGUUUGAAUAUGUUCCCCUAAAUUUUCACGCCAUACUCAGACUGACGUUUUCCUUUGUUCUGCCCCUUUGUUUACAACAUGCUGCAUCGUUACUUUCACCCUCAGUGUGGGCACAAGUCUCUCGUUUGUGCUUUGUGAUGUCACAGUCUGCUCUGUGAGGUAUGGUGUGUUGGUUCGUUGACUUCUCGAGGUUAAAUUAUUGAUGAAGCCGUUUGAACUGGUGGUCGUGCAUCAGGGUUCAGGGUGUUCAGAUUCAUGAGUAUCAUCCAUCGUUUCAUACCUAAUUCAUUUUAUUUGAAAAAAAAAACAAAAAAACAAAAAAUAGGAAUUUGCACUGCUUCCUUGCGGAUGGUUUGGAAUUUUAUUCCCCAAAGCUAUCUUUUGAUAUAGUUCAUAGUUGGGAAAUAUUUAUGUAAAAUGUUAAAAAAAAAAAAAAGAAAAAAAAAAGAAAAAAAAAAAGACAGUAAUUUUCAAGAAUGUUUCAGUUAUAGGAGUAAUUUGCACAAAAAAUAUAUUUACAUUUAAUAACCUUUUGGGCACUUUUUAACCACUUUCUCUGUGGUGAGAAUUGUAACUUGUUAAAAUAUGUUGGAAUCUUUUUAUUCUCAUUCAAAAAUUAGAUCUUUCUUUAGUCAGAACUAAUUCAGGGUCAUUUUAACAACGACAGAAAAACCCGUAGUGCCUUGAUUUUAAUUCAGGUGAUAAUGUUGAACAUCUUGACUUGCAGUGUCUCGAAUCUGUAACCAUUCUCGAUUUUGAAGUCUUAGUACAUUGUCAGCCAAACUCGUGUAUCUACUUCAUAGCUGUUUCUGCAUCGUGAUCAUCUCAAUAACGAUCUGAGUUGAGAACGUGAGCGUUUUUGAGUGCUGCUCCCCCUCAAACACUAAGUCAGAAACUGAGGAGUCUCUGCAAUCUCAGACCUUGAAGGUAUUGUUCUUGAAGAUGUAAAAACAGAGAGUGCUCCUUCAGUGGGAGCAGGGAGGGUAACCUGAUCUGAAAUAAUAAGAGUCAAAAAUCAUUUCUGUAGUGUUUAGAGUAUGUCUUGGGGGAGACCACGGUCGAUUGAGGAGAUAUCACUGAACUAAGACUUCAGAAGGCAACUUCACUUUAUAAAGAAAAUAAAAAGUUCCAACAGAUACGAUGUGCUAUUUUAGGUAGGGUUUUAUGGUACUAGUUUGUGAAAACCACAACUUUAGAGGAAAAUAAAUAAACACAGAUAGAUCUGAGAAUUAAAAUAAAACAGCAAAAGCAGUUAAAAUUAGUAGUAGGGAGAGAAAGCUGGAUUAAUCUUGAAUACUGAGGAGGAGUUGAAUGAAUGUAACCAAAUGGUGACGGACUGUUUUGUUCUCUGGAACAGUUUGAUUGUAUGACUGGGUGAGCCAAACCCACAGGAGGGUGGCACCAGUUCAGCGAGCGCCCCAUGCCAUCGAUGGCAUUUUGGGGCUGGCCUUUGCCUCUCCAGGUGUCCCACCAUUGCAUCUUUGUUGUUCCCCACUUACAAAGCAAGAGUUUGGUACCAAAAAGCACAGUUGUGAACAAGGAAGGAGUGUGAGAAAUAGUUACCAAAGAGAGUUAGAUUGCGCUCUGCUCCAGGAGGCCUCGCAGCAAGGAGCAGGUGCCAGUGCCAGACAUUGCAAGGACAAAUUCCCUUCUCUAAAAGGAUUUCUGCCAUUCUCUGAGCUGGGAUAAGGGUCAGAAGCCUACUGCUGGUAGAGCUCUGUGUAACAAAGUUUGCCUUGCUCUGCUCUGCUGCUGCAUCAUCCACCUGUUUCUAAAAUAAGCUGUGUUACCAGAGGUCUGUGCUAGCAGCACUGCUGCUUAAUGGAAGUAGGUUAGAGAAAAAAUGUUACCCGUUUACGGUGAUAACAGCACUAAAAAAGAAACCUGGGAGAGCUUUAAUAGUGCUGUUAGAACUACGGAAUAGUGGUAAAAUAGGUUUAUUAAGCUAUUAUACUGAGAAUUACAAAAAAUAGAGAUAACAGCCAGCCAGUUAAUGAUGCAGCUUUUUAUAUGAAGCUCCAUUUAAACUUCUCUUCCCAUUCCCCCCCUCCCCGAUACUCUCUUGUGCUGCUAUAGGUCUGUUGGUAAAACGCUGAACUAGGUGAGAGAAAAUAGAUGACAGUGAUAGCAGGGCUGCUGAAAGAGAAUAAAGAAAUGUACGCUUUGAUCAAGAAGCUUUUUGUAACCUCGGAGAGAGCUCAUUCAAUUACGGAGCUACCAGCCAGUAGACAAAGCAUGGAAGGUGGGGAGAUUCACAGAAACUGGAAAAACACAGCAUCCAUUUGAAAUAUACUUACCGUGAAUCAGGCAGACUUUAUACAGAAGUACGUAGAACUCGUUCCGUGUUCUGUGCAAGGACGCAAAUGCUUUGUUUCACAGCUGCUGACUCAAAGGUGUGUAUUUCAGGUGUCUGCGGCUUCCCCCUUGCUGAAUCAGUUGCUGAGCUGCUCUUGAUUUUAGUGGGAAGAGGACCAGGCUGUCGCCUCUUUCUUAAUCAGCCUUUUGCUUCUGACUGACUUAUUUACUACAGUCAUAGAUUUUUUGCAACAUCCUAAUCAAUAGCAUGAUAAGGAAUGCUGCGAUGCUGCAGGGUCUGGGGUGCAGACGUCACAGAAUGACUCUGACAGAAGGGAAGGAAUCUGUUAAGGAGAGGGUUGUAUUUGUGAAGGCGCAGUCUGGCGGUAUGGAACGGCGUGAAACAGAGUUGCAUGGAGUUUAGAAGACAGACAUUGUUUGCCAGCGAUGGGUGAGGAUUUGAAGAAAAGCUUCUAGGAAAAUUACAGAGAAAAAGAAUAUAUAGCUAUUUUUAUAUUAUAUUUAAUAUAUAUUUGUAUAUAAAUAUGAAAAGAUUCUAGUAGGAGCUCUCCAUAUGCCUUCCAUUUCAUCUAGAAGAUUUACCUUCUGCACUAUGGUUCCGGUGUGUCGCCACUUGUGUGGGCAUCCUGCCUGCUGCCAAACACCAAAAUCAGUAACCCAGUAUCCUUACAACAUACAGGUAGGUUUCAUUUCAGCUUUAUGUAAAAAAUUAAUUAAAAGAAAGCUAUAUCAGACAGUUUUUCAUGGAAAAAGAAAUUCUCUUUAAGAUUCAAAUAGCACUUUCUAUCUUUUAUUUUAUUUUUAUUUUUUGGAGUAAUAAGAAGCACUUUACUGAAAAGACUAUUUGAAAACCAGUUUAUUUCUUUAGUCAGCGAAACUGUUAAGGGGGGGGGGGCAUCAAGGAAUGAUGUGUAAAACUGUCAGAAACAUUUCUGGAAAAUGUUUCUUUAAUACAGUGAUCCUUUGAGGCUCAAAGUGCAAGAUGAAAAAGGCUUCUAGAACUGAUUGGCUUCAUUGGUUUUACAUGGCGUGGGGAAAGGUUGAACGGUUAUGGCUUCCUAGGGAGGAGACCUUUUACGUUGCACAGUUGCCUAUGAGAGACUCAUCUGGAGGCCCACCUACCUGCUCAGUAAUUCUAAGUGUCCCUUAGGAUUAUAACGUGUGUGACAGUGUACCGCAGGGUUAAAGAUGUGGCCUUUGGCAGAUGUUGAAAUCAAUUCAGAAACCACGCAUACGUUCACAGAAUUUAACCCGGGUAUUGUGAUGGGUUGUAGAUGUCACGGCGUCAGGAGACGUCGGACGGCGCAGUCAUGAAUUUCUCUAUUUGAAAUCAUUAUUAAAAUUAGAUGUGCAGUCAGAGGACUGGAAAAAAAUGGUUAUUUUGAUUAAAAGGAGAGAGACUAGUUUUAAUAAUUUUUAUUUUUUUACUUAUCCCUGGUGGAAGAAGUUGAAGAGUGAAAUGAAUUUGGAUUUAAAAAAAGACGUAUUUAAGCCAAUUAGAGUAGGUGAGACAGCUGUGAGCGAACAUUUGAAAUUGUGGUUGUCCUGAGACUGGAUGGUUGCUUUUUCAAUAUCACGAUGUGUAACACUACAUUCCUUGUCUUUUUUUGUUUUUUUUUUUUAGCCAGGUGAUUUAAGCUCUGUUAGACUUCAUGCUGCGUCAUCUGCAUGAAUUGUGGCAGCAUGAUAUGCUCUACUCAAAGAAAUUGUACCUAAAUAAAAAGGAGGGAAAAAAAAAACAAAAACACAAAACAAAACACUGUGUCUGAACAAAAUACUGUGUGGCCUAUACAGAGACCCUAGCUAUGACUGAGAGAUGCUGCAUUAACAGACAAUCAAUGGGUAAAUUAUUUAUGAAACGCUUUCGGGAAUGGUCUUAAAGGUGUUACUGCUUUGAAAGCAGCUGGUGAGUCGUGUUUUCAAAGAAGGAAGGUAAAAACUAUUUAUUUUAAAAUACAUUGGAUUGAAUGUUGAGUUUUUAAGCAGUGUUGAUUUCACGGUGUCUCGGGUUCCAGUUUUGUUUUGUAUUUUUUGAACUGGCAUUAGCUGUGUAUUUGUUCACCAACAACCCCUAAUGCCGCUCAUAUUGAUGUCAGGAAAUGUAGAUACAGUUCCCUGGUGUUCGUGUGACCAUUACUAACUGUCAAUUUUAUUUUUUUUUUUAAUUGAAUAAAUGUAACGUUUAAAAUUUUGCUUUUUGUAGCUUCUAAGGUUCUAGAAUUAUUUUUUUUCCCUGAGUUCCUUAAUGUCACUUUGAUGAGUUUCACAGUGAAGUGCUCUCAUACCCGUUCCACAGAUGUAACAAAGGCACUCUCUACCCCCCAACAACUGACGUGUGAGAAGUUGCUUGAUGUCGAUUUUACCUUCUCUCCCUCCCAAGAGAAAUGACUUGUGAGACUUCAGUAAAAACGCAUACUGUACUCCUUUCUUGUCUGCUCUCUGUAUCUCUUCAUAAACUGCUGGCCCCUGCUGAUGGCCGGAGACCUUCAGCUUGUGUGGUUACACUGCCACUCUUAUAGGCUGCUCUAAUCCUCUCACUGAGCAAAGUGGGAACACCAAGGGCAGUAAUUUAAUAAUUUGAAGUUAACCAAAUGUUUAAGGGAAGGUGAGAGAGAAGGAAAUCCCACAGUUGAAGCUGAAUAACUGGAGGAAUUGAUAAAUGCUCUUUACAGUCUGCUCUUCUCUCUCUGUAUCAUCAUCACAGCAGAUGCUCAUGGUAAAACUACUCAUCCUUUGCCUUUGGGAAUUAAAGCAUCCUUGUGCAAGUUGUGUCCCACCUCCAGCCCCUGAGCAACUCCACAUACCACAGGAAACAAAACAAGUUGCAGAAGCACCAGUUAAGAACUGCCAACACCCACCAAUAUUAAGGCUGAUAGCACGCAGCACAAAUUAGCACUUUUCUUAGAUCUGAACUUUAGAAAUAUCAAUAUGUUUUUCCAUAAACUUAUCAAGAGCUGUAACUAUAAAUAACUACUGCAGCACCUGAUCAAUGCUGCUCAAUGACACUUCACUGUUGUGCAAAGCUCUGCUUGCAGGAAAAUGUUAGGUAACUGGGAAGAUUAGCAAUCCAAAGGUUAGCUACCUCAGCACCCCGGGCUCAGUGUCAGCGAUACAAAUUCCAGACCUCAGCAGUCAGAGGACAGUGGGUAGCAACCAAGAAUUCCAGUCUUAAGCAGUCACGAUACCACACAGUCUCUUUCAAACACCUUUGGCAACUCUGUUUUUACAUGGCAAGUAUGUGUAAAUCAGCCUGAGGGUAUACCUGUGUAGCACAUCACACAGAUGGGUGCAGCCAUUGCUUUGCACCUCAGCAGUAACAUCAGCACAAGGUUGCAGUAGCAACCUGCCACGAGCGCUGGCAUCUGGGACACAGCAAGGUGAGCUGCAAGAAAAUGCCAUGUCAGCAUAGCCUCCUACACAGCAUCCAGUAUCACAGAAAUACUUCAGGAUAACUGGGUAAAUUUGGAUGAAACUGCACAAUCCAUUCAAGAGCCCAGUUUGAUGCAAAGGAAAGCUGUACAGCAGCAGGCAGCCUUUUGGAGAGCUCUGAGUACAGCCACUUACUUGUUAACUUGCAGAUGUCCACAAGCAGCAUCUGCCUAUCACACCUCCAAGCAGCAGCUCAUGGGACCCAGGCCUUCCUGCAGUGCUCUGAGCACAGGCUGGUUUUUGAGCCGGACCUGUACUUUGGCUCACUGAAUUUCUUCUGAAAAACUCUGUACUGAAGAUUACAAGUUUACCUUAAUCUCUGCUUAGCGCACUUUGCCACAUGCAGUGUAACGAGGGCUGUGAAUCAGUUAGGAACCUUGAAAAGAACAAGUACCAGUUUCCUCAUUUCAAACAACUUGGACUGGCGGGAGGUUUUUCUUCCAUCCCUGUAGAACUGACCAUACCAUCUAAUUCUGUUUCCAGUGUUCAAGCCUGGAAAUGAGUAGUUGUAGGUGGUUUGCACUUUCAAGUUUCCACUGCGUUCACAGCCUGAGUUGCAAAUUCUUGCUUUGGAAGCUGAUGUGGAAAUUCCCCUGGAACCAGCAGGGAAGUCUGCUGGAACUGAGAAUGCAUCCCACUUCAGUAGGGUUGGAAAGUCUGUGCUGGGUCAUUGCUUCUGUUCAUAUUGCUGGUAUGGCAAUUUGCAGAGCCUUAUCUUUGCUGCUUAAGUAUCCACUCAUCACAUUUAACAUCCUCCAGCCACAAAAGGAAACAAAAUAGCAGAUAACCAUCAAAAUUCCAGCUAGUUUAGUCUGUUUCUCAUUUUACUCUGCAAGGCAAAGUAUUUAAAAGGAAGAGUACUAUUUACAUUGUAUACGUUUCAUUUCUGGAAAACGGCCUUGACUGGCCAAUGCAACAAGCAGCUCCUUCCCCCAGUACCCUUUUCUUCUAAGCAGCAGUUACACCGCAGGACAUAAGCAUGUGUAAGCCCAGGCAGGCAUGUCCCAGCAGCACAGCAUGAAGCCCGCUCUGCUGCCUUGCAGCCAACGUUUACAAGAUUUUGUAAUUCCCAAUCCUGAAAACGGCUCCUUCUCCCCACCUGAGAGUUGCUGCAGGACUGAACCAGGCAAGCAUUGCAUUUCAUCCUUGUGAGCAAGCUGACAUGUCCAAAAUCAUUAAAUCAGACCCAUACCUGGCUCUUCUAGCUAUUCUUCGCGUUUUUAUUCCCUGCUAAUCGGCAUUCUUGUUUACAAAGCAAAAGCAAAUCAUUCUGGACAACUUUAGAACUGAUCAUUAGUUACUGACUGCUUCCACGCAACUGAGAGAAAACCAACAGGGAUGCUGUCAUAGUACUGUCAGGUGAUUCAUUACCCUACUUUUUCACCAACACUCCUCAAGUGCUUAGCUAGUUUCACAGCUUGUGCAUCUCUUUCAACAUUACAUUUCAGGUCAGCCCCAUCUGGUUACCCACCCCUCUGCUCUUCUCAGUGCUGUAACUUGCAGCCUGAACACUCCUGCAAGUUGGUGAACAACUUCCUACAUCUGCAUGUCCAAAGAGCAAUAGCGAGUUAGCUGCUGAAAAGGCAUCAUUUUCCAUUCUCCUAUGCUCAACUCCACUGCUAAACACAUUAAAACUCACUGAGUAUGAUGGAGGAAAUUGGACCAAGGUGCAGUGAAUGAACCACUCAUUCCGACAGACCACCACACCAUUCUCCAUCUCUUGGCUGAGGGAGAAGCAGAGAGGCAGUGAUGGUUUAUUUUUCUAAUUAGAGAUCAGUCACUUCUUCCAAAUCUGAGGGCAGAGGGGAGGAUGGGGAAAGAGCCAUGGGGAGCAGAAGGAAUUACUGCUCACUCUCCCAGCACUGCAAGCAUUAGCUUAGGAUGCAGACUGCCCAUAAGGGUAGGCCACCUUAGGUGUGAUAUCUAUUCAUGUAUACACACAUGGCAGUAACCUGCACCUCAAGUCUGCAGGGAUUUCAAGACUAAACAGUGCCACACCUCUCCGAAGGCAACACAUCAGUAGUAUGAGAAUGCAGUAAGGAAAGCUGCUAAAAUCCCAGCCACUGAACCAGCCCAUGUGCAGUUGUCUGAGCCAACAAAGCAGACAGCUAGAGGCUGGGCACUACAAGGCUGUAUGGGAGGACACUGUUUCUGCUAGAGGCAGGGCAGCAUACAGUGCUGCUAAAAAUACACUGGGAGUCUCCAACCACCUUGAGCAGGCUUCAGUUAUACAAUGACUGGACUACACCAGUCUUGGAACGGUGAAAAAUUCCAACAGGCAACUCACAACAUUAAAUCUCUACAGUUAGUACUAUCUGCUAUAGUGCCUUCUAAAACUUUUGCUAAAAUCCGAGAACCCGCCUCAUUUUAUAAUAGAUUUCCAAGCGUAAGUUAACAUUGGCUCUAAACAACCAAAAACAGUAGGAGCAUUUUCUAACUCAAUGAAUAUCUGCCUAUGUAUUGCCUAUUUUUGACCAGGCAGUGGUCAAAAGCAGUAGUUUGCAUCACAUGAGUUCGCGACAGCAGAAUGUAAAUGUGAAAGUUGCAUGGAUUUGUUCUGCAACUUCAUAUUUACCUCUUAAAAAAAAAUAUAUAAAAUAAAUUAAUGUCUUCAUUUUUUUCUGUUGAUCACAAUUGUUUUAACACCAGAACAGUUGCAAGCAGUGCAUAGGAAGUUCAGAAAGUUUCUACCCUAGGACACAGCCAACUGAUUUGGCUUUUGAUCAAGAAUUUUCAGCAGGAUGAAGGGCAGGCAGCCUGCAGCACUGUGAUUGCCCAGCACUACCUAGCACAUGUGUAAGAAAACACUGUGCUGUAGCACCACACAACAAGCAAUUUCCCAGUGAGCAGUUGAAGUUUACGCUCUUCCCUGCUUUGGGUUCCCUGUUCUUUCUUUUUUAAUGUGAUCCAGGUAAUGCAUCCCCUGAGGGUAAAAGGUUAAACAGACUACAGAGAGGGCAUUUACAGGGUGUGGAAAGAAGAGGCUGCAGCAAUUGGUUACAAUGCUUGCUUCAAAACUGAACAAAUCAGUGCAUUACCCAGCAAUUAACAACAGCACUGCCAGCAGCUCCUUCCUUCAGAUCAGGACUUGAACAUCUGGGCCUGGAGCUGUAAUCUGUUUUCAUACCACUCUGCAUAAAAGGAAUCAAGCGGCUGCAAUCUUCGGGGUUUGAGAACCUCAGCAUUAAGGGGUUUCUAUUGGCAGCAAAAUCCAAGAGGAGGCUUCCUACCCUCUGUUCUCAAGCAACAAUUUGGACAAUCUAAUUUGUAGCACUUGAUCUUACUUUAGCUUCAGGCUAAAGCAGUAGAUAGAUGCUAUUAGAAACUCUAUCUCCUGCUUUACAGAAGCUCUUAACAUCUUAUUUAAGCUAUUAGCUCAGAAUCUACUAGCUACCAAGCAGCAGAGAGAGCCAUGUGUUUCAGUAUCCCAUAUCUUAAGCGACCAACAUUUUCAAAGUUUUUAUAACUGGUACUUAUAACAGCAUCCAAAAUAAAUUUAGUAAAGUUUAAAUAAAUCAUCACUUUAACCUCUGUGGCAGGAAUUAUGGAACUGCCAAAAAACAAUACUGAAAAUGACUCAAAUUGAGACACUAUGUUUUAUUAAUACUCUUCCAGAUUACAUUUCUAUUCCUAAAAAGAAAAAUAUGAACAUAUCUAAAUCUAAAGAUUCCAUUAUUGUUCAGUCCUGGGAAUGAAACACCGUUAAGUUGGACCACUUUAUUACUUUCCACGUACUUUAUAAAGUUUAGAAAGUCAAAAAAGAAAAAAAAAAAAAAAAGAAAAAAAAAAUCAAAUACUAGUAGCUCCAGAUUGCACAUUGAACUUGGUAGGCUGUUAAUCAGCACACAAUUUCCUGAUAAAAAUCCCUGAUUAAGAAGUUUGCCCUCUACAUGAAAUUCAUAAUAUUUUCUGUUGGUGGCUCAGCAACUAAAUGGUAUAGGAACGGCUCCCCAGCUUUUUGUUGCUUACAUUAUCCAGCCUCAGGAACGUCCUGGAACCAAAGUCUUUGGAAAUGGGAGUCAACUGUUAUCUCUUUAAUAUUUUGUUCAACAUUAUGAAACAAAACACUCUGGUCUGCUUCAGAGAAGGUGUAAGAAUUAGCUCUUGAAGCAACAGGAAAGGGAGCCAUGGGUAACAGUGGGGAAAAAAAAAAAGAAA